AUGAUCAAGGAACAAGGAAGAGAGAAAGACGGCGUUGUGAGACUAACUUGCUCUGACUCAAGCGAGGCUCAACUUCAAUACGUCAGAGAGAGGAUCAAGGUGGAUGGCUGGGUCGAUGCCAAAACCGUUCAUGCGGACAUUGCAUGUCUUCCCUUUCCGUCCAACAGUUUCGACUACAUUGUCGUCGGAAUGGCACUGAUGGUCGUCGCUGAUCCGUACACCGGGCUCUCUGAAUUACAACGCGUUCUUAAGCCUGGUGGCCGAAUCGCUACAUCUACCUGGGCAUACGAGGGCUGGGUCCCUGCCACUCGCGAAGCGGUCGCAGACCUCAGGCUGCCUGGCCAGAAGCCCGUGCCAUGGCCUCAGGAGUCCCACCAGCUCACCCGGAUCUGGUCGCCGGGUGCAUGGGAGGACGAGUACUUUACAUGCGCCAUGUACAAUGCGGCCGGCUUCGUCGAUGCUGAAGCCAAGACCGUUACGAAGAAUAUUACGUUUGAGACCCCAGAGCAGUUCUGCGCCGUGUUGCAGGGCCUUGAGUUGGGUGUCACGGAGAGGUACUGGUCCAAGGAGCAGAAGGAAAAGUUGCGACCGAAGUUAACUGCGACCAUCAUUGAGUAUCUCAACAAGAAGUACGGGGGAAAGCCGUUCGAGACCGAGAGGACUGCUGUGUUUGCCAGUGCGACCAAGCCUUUGGAAUGA